UCAUUUCGAUUUAUGUUACAGUCUGUGCAAAACGUGCGACAUCAUGUGUUGAUCCAUGUUCCAUGAUGUAUUUGUGUGUGACUUUUUUGUGUUUGUGUGUCGCUGCAGUGCAAGGAUCGGGCAAUUCUUUGAAAGAUCCUUAUAUAUGCGGUACACCAACAUGUGCUGCAUCAGAAAAAUUCAAUUACUUAACAUCUGUGAGCUAUCACUAUGAAUAUAAAGUGAAUGUAGAAACCUACUUUGCUGGAUCAAGCAAUAACCGAUCAACUCUUGAUAUUAAAACUGAGGCAAUACUUCAAUUCAUAAGGCCUUGUGAAGGUAUUCUUAGAUUGGCAGAUGUAACACUCAUAGACCAAGAUGAGAAUUAUCCAGUGGAGAGAGCAGAAAAAUUCAUUCAUGCUCUGUCCCUUUAUGACCUCAGAUUUUCGUUUCAUGAUGGUGUUAUAUCAGAAAUAUGUCCAGAAGAUGGGGAAGAAGACUGGGUGGUUAACUUUAAAAGGGCCUUACUAUCUCUGUAUCAGAAUAGUAUGAAGAGAUUUGACAUUAACUUUAAAGGAAUUGAGCAAGAUAUCCAAGGCACCUGCAAUGUCGACUAUGUAGUGAGGGGCCAAGAGCAAACCAGCCUUAUCUUGGUGAAGACGAGAGAUCUCUCACAGUGUAGAAAUAGAUACAAAUAUAUGUCCAUAUUGCAAACUGUUCGUUAUGACUUUCAAAGUAAAUUCCAAACAUGGCCAGUACUGAAAUCGGAAAGUAAAUGUCGCAUAACAGUUGACCAUCAUGUGUACAAAGCAGUGAAUUGCAAAGAGAGACAUUUGUUUGAACCAUUUUCGGGUAGAAAUUCUGGAGCCAUGACAACUGUCAUACAAGAUCUUUUACUUAUAAAGGAAGUUAAUAAAACUGAUGAUGAAACUGUGGAUAGUGAGAAAAAAGCGUGGACAGUCAUUCAGAAACGAUCUAAUUUGCUCCAUCAUCAUAUAUCUUACGGCAAGUCCGAUACUGGGGAAUUGAAAUCAGCGCGAGAUGUCUUGAAGUUACUUUGCUUAGUAAAACCGAACACAGACGACGAAAUGUCAACAGUGGAUGAGAAUAUGGACAGUGGGUCCACAGUUGGGCUCUGGGGGAGGCUUGUGAGAUCGGCCAGGAAACUGCACCACCCUGCGCUCGCGCAGCUACUGGCGAGAGCACCCUCUAUAUGCGCUGGUGCUAAAAAACAUAUAUUAGACGCACUCCCAUAUAUAGCGAGUACAGGUUCAGUAGAACUAAUUAAAGACAUGAUAAUCAAGAAUGAAGUCAACAAUGAUACGCGACACGAGUGGCUUAUGUCUAUGGCGAUGAUACCACGGCCAAAAAUGGAAAUGUUACAGAGCAUGCUGGAACUUCUGCAAAAGCAGAAAAACGAUAAAGUGAUCAGUUUUACUGUAUCGUCUAUGACGCAUUCAUACUGUAGACACAGUGGGAAAUCACUUCGGGAGUGCUGCCAAGAAGAGAUUCCAAAGCAAAUUCUAGAUGAAUUCCAAAAUAUUAUAAACGAUUUGAUCGCUAAAGGAGUUCCCACGUUAGAAAGAACAUAUAGGGACAAUCUAAUAAUAGCAAUAAAAUCUCUGGGAAACAUCGGUGGAUUCAAGCAAGAGUUUUCGGAUCUCUUAAUGACCAUAAUCGGCGACUCUCUCACACCAGUGCAAGUGAGACUCACAGCUAUUGACGCGUUCAGACGAACACCUUGCACCGAAACUAGCGAAUACUUCCUUGAAACGUUCAGGGAAGAUUUAGUGGAUGUGGAAAUUCGUAUUGCUUCAUAUUUGCAAGUAAUGCGAUGUCCUAACCUGAGCACUAUAAGAAAGGUGUUCCACGCUCUGCGACAUGAAUCUGUUAAUCAAGUGGCUACAUUCGUCUGGAGUCACCUCAACAAUCUUGGCCAGUCGUCUCUCCCGUCGCGAGUGGAAAUACAAGGCUUACUGUCGGGACACGAAAUGCCGCAAUUAGAGGACAAUCCUGACUUUAGAAUGUUCUCGAGAAAUUAUGAGCAAAGCGUGUUCUUCGAUCAGUAUAAUGCUGGGGGCAAUUAUGAAGCAAACGUAAUAUUCUCACCUGACUCGUACAUACCGCGGUCCCUGUCUCUCAAUUUGACUGUGGACAUGUUUGGUGAAUCUAUCAAUUUAUUAGAGGUAAAAGCUAGAGGAGAGGGCUUUGAAAGAUACUUCGAAAGUAUAUUCGGUAACAACGGACCACUUAACAAAAACAAAGUAGUGGACAAAAUUAACAAACUCAGAGUAUUCCGAUCGGCCAGUGAAGCGGAUGAUAUUCGCGGGAAAAUCGACGGACUUGGAUACAAAAAUAAUGCCCUUAAGCACCGUUUUCCCAUAGCAGAGAUGGGGAUCAAGGUGUUCGGUAAUGAAAUCUCGUUUUGGAGUGCGGAAGGCGAUGACGAGAUUAGGAAGUCCUUGCAGAAAUUGGACCCCAAGUUGAGGAUACUGGAAAUUUUAUCGGGAAAGGAAAUAUCCUACAACAAAGCGUCUCUUUUCCUCGACACUACAUUCUCGGUAGCGACUGGAUGUGGUUUGCCACUCAAUAUGAACCUAAUGGGGACUAGCUACGUCGAUACCAAGAUGUCUGGAACGGUCCUGGAUAAAUAUACGCAUUCUGGCAAUCUGGACUUUGAAGGGAAAAUACGACCGAGUGUAGCGGUAAAUAUAGCAGCGACAAUGAGCGUUUCGGCUGGUUCUUUAACCUCAAGCGGUAUACGUUUAUCUUCUCGACUGUACACGGCUACGGCGGUGGAAGUCAAGUUGUCUGUCCGAGGUGUUGGGUUGUUGAGGCUAGAUCUGUCUUUGCCGAGAGAUAAGCAGGAAAUAUUUGCUGCCAAAUCUGAGCUGUUAGUUCUACACGGUGAUGAAGAAUUACCUCAACAAGGGUUGAAUAAAAAUAGAAUAGAGCAGAAUACUUGCAGUUGGUCCACUUUUGAUAAGGCUAUCGGUAUUAAAGUGUGCGCUGCGUAUCAGUUCCCGAAUAUGACAAACCUCCGUGACGCUCCAUACUUCAUAAUGAGUGGACCAGCGAAAUAUAUUGUUUCCCUGGAAAAGGCCGAUCCAUCAGCUAAAACCUACGCACUGCAAUAUAAGUGGGAUAGAAAUGAGACUACCAAUGUAUUGGGAUUCUCAUAUGAUACGCCUAACAGUAAGGAAAAACGUAUGUUCAACGCAAUCCUAAGUAUAUCAAACACAUCCAGCACAGCUGCACUAACAUUCCAGUCUUCCGAAAGUACUAUAAAAGCUAAAGCACUGUACAGGAAUCAGCCAUAUGACAAAUCAGUAGAAGCAAGUCUCGAUGUAGAUGGACGAAAACAGUUUGAUACUGUGAUGUCUAUAAAGAGACAUGAUAUCAAGUAUGGCUAUGUUUGGAUCCCGCACGCCUAUUGGGUGGUUAACGAUCAACGAAUUGCGGAAUUGUCGGGUACUCUGAAAGUAAAAUCGAAAGGCGGCGUAACGCAAUGGGACGUGACAGCUGAUUUCCAAACUAAGCAGCUGGCGAGUCGUCUCGUUGGAUAUUAUACCAUAAAUGGACCGACACACGGCACAAAAUUGCAACUCGACUAUCAGUUCUAUAAAAAUCCAAAACAAACCAUAAAAAUGGAGGGAGUCUAUAGCGAACGAUCGCUUAACUAUAGACACGAUUUGUAUGGAGAAUUGGCAAUGGAUUUUACAGCGUAUCCUUCUUAUAACUUCUAUGCGGUCUUGAGGAAUGUGAAAACUCAAAACCACAUAGAUAUUGGUUUCAACGUAAGCUCUUCGAAGGAAUUGAAACUGGACCCCUCAUUCACGUUUCUUUUUAGACGCAUUGAUAAACUGAAUGGCGUUAAAUUGAAUACGGAAGUUAAUUUAUAUAGGCCAAGACCAAUUAUAUUGAAAUUACAGUUUGAAGAGAUAGGACCAAAAUACUCAGCCUUAGCAUUGCUAAAUGUCAACCCAAAAUCCCGGGACAUACUGAUAUCAGGUUUUCUAUUCACUCCGCCUGGGACACAGUUGUACGCUGACGCAGAGCUAAAUGUCACAUUACCAACCUUACACCCUUGCAUGUUAAAGGGAAAGUUGUUUGAGAAACGACCCAACGAGUUCCAGGUAAACGCAAAUGGCGUUUGGUUCACUGGUGUAGAUUUCAACAUAGACGCCGUGUAUCAAGAUCAAUCCAAGACAAAUAUGGCGUCCCAUCGACUAAAAGUACUCAUUAAUAGCAGCCAUUUCAAGGACAUUGCUGUUGAUGCGAGAUUCACGCAGGAUAAUCGACAGAUCACGUUCAUAGCUGAGGGUGAAUAUAACGCUGACACCUACAAAACGUUGAUACGUUAUCUCCUACUGUCUGAGCAAAAUUUCACCACGUACGGUGAAAUAGACAUCAGUGGGAAGGUGUACAGUAUCAAUCUAAACGCUGACUUAAACAAUAAUACUGACGUCAAUAUGGAUGUGCAUUUUGAUCAAUUACGCGACCUCCAUAUAUCCUAUCUGCGCAUAUCCACACCGACGGAAAAACGUCUGAGUGCCACUUUCAACUGGGAUGCGAACAGGGACCCCUCGCAGAAAAUAAGCAUAGACGCGAAAUUGGACCAUAGGGGCAAGUGGCAUCACGCCGGACAUGCUACUUUGCAUUACCCAGGGCAAGUGGUCAAUGGAGAAUUUGAGUUUUUGUUAAGAGAUUGGUACUGCGAGUGGUUAGUGCGCGCCGGCUGGGCGAGCCCCACGUCCAUAGUGUGGCGCGUCAAGGCGUACUCGGAGGCGCACGAGCACACGGUAUACGCACUCCUGUCCAGCUUGCAUACACCUUUUCCGGGAUGGAAGGAUACUAGCUUCAACGUUAUGUGGCGCUACCAAGACAACUUGCAAGCAAUCAACGGCAGCAUGAAUUGGCAAGAAGACUAUCUAGCGUUCAGUCUCCUCGCAGACUACCUGUUCACAAGCACUAAGUUCUACGGCGAGAUCAAUGCACUAGUUAACUCCACAAUACCGUCCCUGCCCAAAGCGGCUGCCAUAGCUAGACAUACAGUGGUUUGGAAAAAGACUGCGGACACCUUGUUGAGUUUCCAGUAUAACGAAGAUGGUAUGUUAAUGAUAAACUCGUCGUGGGCGUUUGCGAAAGGAGAAAUGGCUAAUAAUGUUACAGGAAAAGUGACUAUCGUAACUCCAUUCAAAGGUUAUAAAAAGGGGCAUUUGAAUACAGAAUUUAUUCUCGGCCACAAGCGGGAUAUUAAAGGUGUAACGUUAUUGAAUUUGGAGGGAAAAGUCGUUAAUAUAAUUGUUAACGGUCACAUGCGUAGAAUAACCAACUGUAUGCUAGUUGUAAACGUCACAAGUCCAAUACCUCAGUUCGCGCAUACAACUGCGAGGUUCGGUUUCAUAGAGGCCGAUAGACAUCUAGUGGCUAUGGUUGUUACUACUAAUUCUACUACUGGUAUCGAAGUUUUACUACAGUUAGUAUCACUUCAAGACUUCAACAUCCUGGGACAUGUGGCAUUACCUAUUCAGUACUUAAAUAGAGCUCUGAUCACGGCUAAAAGGGCAAAGGAAGAGGUGAACUUUAGAGUGGGUUGGGACUCAAUGGACUUUGGCUUCACUGGCAUUUGGCAAUGGCAUUCGCUCAUAGAUUUCGUGUAUGUAUACAAAUUAUACACACCGUUGGAUGGAUUCGAAGAAAAUGGCUUGGUUCUCAAAAAUGUCUACAAAAACGGGCUUGAUACCGAACUAUCUGUGCAACUGUCGAAACACAAGUUCGGUGUUGCCAUCCUGCUAGUAGACAAUGGUAAAGGUUUAGUAGAAGUGAUACGUGAUAUAAUGCAAAACAAGCCACGUAACCUGGAUAUGUUUGUCGAAAAUUUCGACACCGAAGCCUCAGUCACAUUGGACACUUUAUACUACCCCACUAUUAAGUUCCAUGCGCAUCUUAUGAAGUUCGUUGGUCCAGACGAAGAAGACAUCAUAGAAGCAAAUGCGACUUUACACCUACCGGAUAAGAAACCAAUUGUAUUGAAGGACGUUUUCAUAAUGGAGCAAUAUACUGUGAUGCGCAAUACAUUGGAUCUUGUGACGCCCUUCGAAAUGGUAACGCAGCUGAAGUCCGUCUACACGGUGGAUAUUGUUUUUGGGGAGAAGUUCAACGUCACGUGUGUCGCGCUGUUGUAUAAUGGAACUUAUUGGCAUGAUAUAUCGUACAAGAUGUUCUACGAGUACGAAACGGGUGAGGACGACGCGUACAAAUCGUACGUAUCCUCAGUAGGCAUAGCAACUCCAUUGGCAGUGUUGCCAGCUCUCGAGGCUCGCGUUUCCGCCCGACUGGAGGGCAAUUUAUGGAAGAUGUCCGCCGGUAUUGCCAUGCCGUCCUUCACCGUGCAGGCGAAUGCGAGAUUAGAGUUGGACGAUCCGUUCGUAGAAACGUCUGGAAGCCUCAAUUUAACGUCGUUGUAUUUGGAAGACUACUUCAUCAAGAUGGAGUUCAAAAAGGAUUUCUCCGAUGUGGAGAACAUUUUAGGUGGAGGUAUUCAAGUGCUGCAAGGUGAACACAAUAACUAUAUAUUCGCAGACGCAGUCUGGCGGCCGCCACCAACCCGCAGCAUCCGUUUCAAAGCUCGCGGAGCUCUCUCUCCCGUUCUCUCUCCAGCUGAAGUCAUUCUCUUCUUCAGUGAUGAAGAUAAACAGAGAUCUCUUACUAUAGACCUGAACAGUGAGGAGAAGUAUUACUCGUUAAAGGCAGACCAAUGGCCGACUUCCUUGAACAUCGCUGUUAGCAGCCCGCAUAAAGGAUUUAGGGCAAUGAAAAUAUUGAGCGAAUUCGAUGGAGACGACAUACGGGGUUCUUUCGUGACUGACACCACUGAAUAUGGUAUCACCGGAAAAAUACUUAAUAGAGAACCGCUAGAGAUAUCCUUAACAUUGGUACCAAAAGGCCAGGGGCAAGCUAUAACAAUACGUAUGAAGUACGAGGCCACUUCUACGUUAUACAGCUUCUCAGCCCAUAUAGUGGGACCGAUAAAGUCUACUGUGCAUGCUAAAAUUGAAACUGAGAGCAAUUUUACUGAUAUAUACUUUAAGGUGGACAUGCCCCAAGUGAAAAGUCGUGAGAUUUACUUCAAAACGCGCGUGGACUCUUACCCUGGACUGCGUCAUGUUGUGAGCGUGCAAGCCGCCACUCCACUGGAGAGACUCAAGUUUGUCAAGGGAGAUACUGAUUUUGUUUUCGGCCCUGAAAGUGGCUAUUUACUUGGGAAAUAUGAACUCCCGGAUAUGAAAGGUGACGGUGACUUGAAGUGGAGUUUCUUGCUUGAAGACUUAUAUAUAAAGGCCGUGGGUCACCAAUUGGUCAAAGAGCUACAAAGGAGUGUCGACUUGGACAUAUAUUAUGGUAACAACACUGAAGAAGGACUAAUGAAAACCAAUGCUGGCUUCAGUAUGGAUCUUGAUAAAGUUUGGCAGAUAGGAGCGAACGCGUCGUUCGGUAUGAUGAUGGAUAAGCGUAUAAAGCUCAUAGUGAAUGCUAUUCUGCCGAAACCGAAUAUAGAUGUACACACGCUGUACAUUGACGGCGAUACUGGGAAACCAAAUGAUCCUGGCUAUAAAUUGGACGCAAUGUAUACUACUGAUGCUACUAAAGUCAAAGCUGGUGUGCAGGGAAAGAUACUUAAUCUCGAAGAGAGUUUCGACGCGAAUGCAACAUUAGUCUGGACUGCGAACUCGAUUUACAAGGUCGUGGACAACAUAGUCUCCUACAAGUGGGAUGUGAACGGAUCUAAAUACAUUGAUUAUGCGUUAAACACACCGAUAUAUGAAGAUAAACCAACUUUGACACUCAAGGGAUCGUAUCAAAAGGAUAUGCUGCAUAGUUUUCAUGUUAUUAAAGGUCGUAUGCAUCGUCCAGGUAACAGCCAAGUGGGCGAAGUGGACGUUCGUUACGGCGGUUUGAUUCACACGGACGGACAUUUCAAUGUAUCCACGCCUUUCCAUACGUUGCCUUGGUUGAAAUCUAUCUUUAAUAUCAACAACCAAGAAGAGUUAUCCGAUAACAAAGUAGACCUAUUCUGGCCGAACAAAACAGCGUCCGUGAACACAACGCACACGUACAAAAAGCAAGACACGGGCUUCACUCAAGCGGGCACAAUAUCACUUUCCAUUCCAUUGAACACUCAGCACUUGGUCAAUACUGAAUACUUCUACGUACAAGAGAACAAAUGGAGCAAUGGAAAUGGAACAAUCGACUUCGAUUCGGAGAGAUUUUUGAAGGCGUCGUUUAACCAGAUACUGAGUAAGAGUGAGAGGAAUUUGGAUUUGGCGACUACGGAUAUCGAAGUGGAGAAUGAGCACACACCUGUGGGGGUCAAAUAUAUUCAUGAAUAUGACGAUACGGGGAACACUGACGUAAAACAAGCGACAGUGUUCCACCUGCACAACACCACAAAAUUCAACGUGACCGGCAAGCUCGACAUCCAAACGUACGACAUCGGCAAACGGAUGAAGUUCACAGCGCUGCACGGGAACAGAACCUGGGACUUCGAGAACAAGUACGAGGCCGUGGACCGGGAGCUCAGGCAAGGGAGCAGAGUGGCCUGGGCGGAGGAUGUCUGGCUGCAGUAUCACGUGCAUGUCACUAACUUGAGUGUGGAAGACACAGAAUCCCAAAAAAUAGUCAUGGACGUAGAAUACCCAUUGCGUAACUUCCAAGUUUCCGCCAUAUAUCGCUUACAAGACGCGCUAUUGGAGGGAAAAGCGGAUCUACUGUGGAAUGUUCGUGCGGAAAACAAGACUGCGGAAAUCAGCGGCCAUUGGGAGAGUCCGCCCACGGCUGAGGGCAACCUGCAUAAUGUGCACUUGGCUUUAUCUCACCCGUCCUUCAGAAAGGAUGUCACACUAAAAGGCCAAUACCUGAGUUCUCCAGAAGUAAUGUCCAACAUAUCAUUAGAACUGCAAUACUCAGAAUAUGAGAACGAAUACCUCAAACUCAACUCAAUAUUAACAGAUAACUCAAAUGGACCAAUCAGAGAUUACAAAUUCGCCCUCAAAUGUACCCAUCCUUCUACCAACUUGGACUUAGAUAUGAAAUCUGAUAUAAAUAUACACAGUAGAUGGUAUCAUCUGAGUAACUACUAUAGGUUCCAGAAAUCUUUGUUCUACGAAAAACUAAGGAGCAAUAAACUGCUUGUUGAUUUGAAUACUAGCGCUGUUAAUUGGGAGCGAGUGAACGAGACGUACUUCUACAAAGUGAACGGCACGUGGUCCCUCGCGUACCCGCAGUACGGUGUGCGCGGGUUGGUGGCCAGGCCCAACGCCAACGAUACCGUUGUGGCCACUCUAUCCAUGCUGGAUAAGUCGCUGAUUGCACAUUAUAAUAGCACGGAUGACAUAUCGUUCCAUUUAAUCGGAGAAAUUAUCGACACUCGCUCCGCCCAACUUAACGCGUGGCGAAACUACGAUGACGUCACGACUGUCGAUCUAGCCUCAUACAUACGUUUGAACCAUUCGCGUCUUCUAACCAGUGCUGUAGUAUGGCGUCCAGAAAUAUUCAGCGAGAUCAAAUCACAAGCUGUGUACUCUCUAAAGCUCCUGUACGCCCAAGUUAACGAAACCUUGGUGAUAAUCAAAGAAGCGCCUAUGGAAGCCCAUCUCGCCUUAAGAAACAUCUGGAGUGACGCAAAACCCAGGGUACGAGACUUCUUAGACGAUCUGAACGACUUGCACGUUAUAAAAGACGAUUUGGACGACUUCGAGAGGUUCCUGAACCAGUCGUACGAUAACAAUGACUUCUACGUCAAAGAUAUAGUGGAGUUCACGUAUUACGUCCUAGAUGAAAUGGCAAUACGCAAUCAUUUGGAGCACUUGCCCGGUUUCGUGAACGACAUGUGGGGAAUGAUGGGCAACACUAGUAAAUCAAUAAAGGACAGCCUCACAUACGUCAUUGAAUCAAUUAAAAAGGCAUACGCGAACUUCUUAGACACAGUAAACAAGAUCCUAGAAGCCGAUUUGAUGGAAUUAGUGUCAGAUAGAUUGGAAGCCAUGAUUUUGCAAUACGAUAACUUUAUAAGGGACUUACACAUGCGUUUCCUGGAGUAUUGGGAAGAUACUUGGGUGAAUGCGACGACGAGGCUGUCGAAAUAUUGGCAUGAGCUGCUGAAAUCUAUAGAGCCGCUGUUCUUCAAAAUGUUGCACUAUACCGAGGCAUUCGUGGUGGCCAUUUGGAGGGAAGUGAUGGACUUCUUCCAUGAGAGAACCCAUGAGUUGACAGACACACCGUACUUUAACUAUGUAUCGACGUUUGGCCAUGAAAUGGAUAAAAUCUACAGAGACCUCAUGAACAACGACAUAAUAACAAACAUAAAGAAAUACUCCAAGAAACUAUGGAACGUGAUAUGGUCCAAGCUAGAGAAGUACAUACCAUUUACGGAGGAGUUCAAACAAUUGUACAAUGAAUUCAAGAACGCGUGGGAGAACUUCUUGAAAACACCACAGGUCGUUUACGUUAGGGAAAAGUGCAAUGAAGCAUACGUACGACUAAAAUGGUGGUAUGACUACUUUUUAAUUGGCGACGCCCUGGACGCCGCGUGGGAGAUAUUGUACAACAAAUUGACCGACUUCGCAAAAACUGCGCUGCAAUAUGAAGAAUUACAUCGCACACCAAAAACUAACUUCAUAUUCGAUCCGCAUAAGGGAAAAAUACUCCUGGAGCAAAAGCUCCCAAUGUCCUGGCACGCGUUCAACCAAACGCCGGAUUUCACUGAAGUGGCUGAGUAUAAAGCUGUGAGAGACUUUAUGGAUGAAUGGCUGACCAGCAAUAAGAGCAUCUGGGCGUACUACUACGAGAUACGACCGUAUCUUGACUAUAAUAAUAUCGUACCUCCGUUCGCUGGUAUGGCAAUGAUGACCGGCCAAGGUACGCUUGUGACGUUCGACAAAGAAGUAUUCACAAUAACUGAACCCGGGACCUUCCUGCUCACAAAGGACUAUAGACUAAACAACUUCACUGUACUCAUGGAAAGCAAUGACCAAGGACAGUACGAUCUCGUUAUAUUGACGAAACAGUCGCUGAUAUAUAUCGACUUAUAUAAGGAGCAAGUAUCUCUGGGUAGAUCGAACCCACUCAGCCUGCCAGCGGCUGUGGAGAACUUCAUAGUGGACAGGCAAGAUGAUACAAUUUCCGUGGAGACCAGGGUGGGCCUGGACGUGCACUGUAACUUGCUGUUCAGGACUUGUAAACUGCAAGUGGAUGGCUGGUUCUACGCAAGUCUCGGCGGGUUACUGGGGACAUAUAACAACGAGCAAUUCGACGAACUGCAAUUGCCCAAUGGCACGAUACAAGCGGGCAUCGACAGUGUUGCCAACUCGUGGCUGUUGCGGCAGAGCAAAGUGGCGCAGCCGGCCUGGGGACCGGUCAACGAUACGCAGUGCGGGAAGUUCUUUAUGAACAAAGUGUCUCCAUUGCAUCCAUGUUUCAGUGUGAUCGACGCGGUGCCAUUCCACGCGGAGUGCUCGCGUGGCGCGGACGCGUGCGCGCUGGCGAGCGCGUACCUCGAGCUGUGCGCGCAGCAACACGUGCCCACGCACGUGCCUGAUCAUUGUGUUAGAUGCACAACACCGCAAGGUGACACAGUAGAAGAGGGCUCAUUCUUGGAAAUACAAAACCCGCCUAAAUCAGCUGACAUAGUGUUCGUAGUGGAAGCGCAAUACUGCAACAAGAAUAUACGGAAGUCGAAGAACAUCGAUCUAUUUAUAGAUACGUUUGAUAGUAAACUGCAGGAGAACGGCUUGUCUGAUAAUCGAUAUGCAGUUGUAGUGUACGGCGGCAGCGGACUGUACCGGCGGCCGAGGGCACUCUACCAUAACAAUAAACUGUUUACUAACACUGUCGACAUUCCGAGACAUUUUGACACUUUCACUAUUGAGAAGAGCGAGUCAGUGCGGUCCAACCGCUCGGUGCGCGCGGACGUGUUCGCGGCGCUGCGGUUCGCGAGCGCGCUGCCCUUCCGUGCCGCCGCGCCGCGUGCGCUCUUCCUCUUGCCGUGCACUAAAUGCGAUGCUAGUAAGAGUGAGCUGGAUUAUUCCACAAUAUAUCAUUAUCUGAUGGAAAACUCCAUCGCAUUACACAUAUUAAUGGACGAUGACUUCAGUCUGUUUAAGAAGAAAGUUGCAAAAUACCUGUUUGGUGUGGAUAGCACAUUAGCUUAUACAAACAAAGAUUACGAAAGGUUGGUGGGCGACGCGGGGCUGAGGAAGCAAGUCAAAUUGCCCAAAGACAAGUUGGGUCUUUGCACGUCACUGGCUCUGGAAACUAACGGCACCAUCUGGGCGGGCUCGAAGCUGUCAGGCGAGCGCGGCGCGGCGCGGCGCUUCGCGACAGUCGUCGGCGGGCGGGCGGCGCGCGCGGCCGUGCCCUGCGCCGCGCCGCGCUGCGAGUGUCGCGCCGCGCGGCUGCACUGCCGGCCCUGCUCUUCUGCGCACGAUCCGUUGGAGCUUUCAUUCUGGAAUUCAGACGACAUCGAUGAACUUAUAGAUUUAGCGAUGGAUCCACCAAAUUUACCGUCUUUUAGAUAGAUCUUAUUGAGGAAAAAUAGUCUUUAUUAAAAUAGUAACAACGUAACUACAGAAAACUACAUUUUAUUGUACAUAAAAUAUUUGUCAAUUAACAAACAUGAUACUCCAAUUAAUAGAUCUUGCUCUUUUGUAAUAAAGCUGUAUUUGAAAAAAUUAAUAAUCUCUACGUAUAUAACUAUGAAGUUCCUAAAUUCAUUAACCUAUGUGCCAAUAUAUUUUAGAGAAUAAUUAUUAAUUAAUUAAUAUUGUAACUAGUAUAUAUGACAGACUUAAUUUAGUGCGUGUUUGCAAUAAAUUAUUUUUACGUAGUAAA